AACGAACCUUUCCUUCUUGCAGCUAGAUAUUAUUACAGAUUUCACUGUCCGCUCUCAGUCUCAUGUAAAAGCGCCUCCAACUACUACCAUUCUCCAGUUAAUUCCACCUACAAAUGAGAACAUAUAAGAGCUAAAGUUUCAUUUUUUUCCUACUUUGUUCACGGGUUUUGCAUAUAAUCAAUCACUGAAUUGGAUUUCAUGAAAACCUCAGCAAUUCACUGCUGCAGGCACAGACAACAUAGCUCCGUGACUUCAUCCUCUUUGCUACCAUGGAUAUCUCCUCUUAUCUUUACAAAACCUGCAGAACCUAAACUAGACCCACCUCCUGAAAUCAGUGUCUCCGAAACGAGGAAGAAGAGCAAAUACAUCACUCAUGAUGUUGCUAUCAAUUUGAUCAAACGAGAGAAAGAUCCGCAACAUGCAUUGAAAAUAUUUAACAUGAUAUCCGAACAAAAGGGUUUUAAUCACAACAAUGCUACCUAUGCGUCCAUUCUUCAAAAGCUUGCGCAGUUUAAGAAGUUUCAAGCUGUUGAACGGCUUCUGCAUCAGAUGAGUUAUGAAACUUGUAAAUUUCAUGAGGGUAUAUUUAUCAACCUUAUGAAGCAUUACUCAAAGUGUUCUUUUCAUGAAAAAGUGCUUGAUACUUUUUUUGCUAUUCAGACAAUUGUUCGUGAAAAGCCAUCUCCCAAAGCUAUUAGUUCUUGUCUUAAUCUCUUGGUUGAUUCGAACCGGAUUGAUUUGGCGCGGCAGUUACUUUUGCAUGCUAAGAGGAGUUUAAUUUAUAAGCCAAAUGUCUGCAUUUUUAAUAUCUUGGUGAAGUACCAUUGCAAAAAAGGGGAUCUUGAAUCUGCUUUUGAAGUUGUUAAAGAAAUGAGGAACUCCCAGUAUUCUUAUCCUAACGUUAUUACCUACUCAACCCUGAUGGAUGGUCUCUGUCGAAACGGAAGACUCAAAGAAGCUUUUGAUCUUUUUGAGGAAAUGCUUUCGAAGGAUCAGAUUGUGCCUGAUCCCCUCACUUACAAUGUUUUGAUUAAUGGGUUUUGCCGCAGAGGGAAACCUGAUCGCGCUAGAAAUGUUAUUGAAUUUAUGAAAAAUAAUGGAUGCUGUCCUAAUGUAUUCAAUUACUCAGCCCUAGUAGAUGGAUUAUGUAAAGCAGGGAAACCGCAAGAAGCAAAAGGGGUUUUGGCUGAGAUGAAGAACUCUGGUUUGAAACCUGAUACGGUUACCUACACUUCUUUGAUCAAUUUCUUCUGUAGGAAUGGGAAAAUUGACGAGGCUAUAGAGUUGCUUAAAGAAAUGAAGGAAAAUGAAUGCGAUGCUGAUACUGUUACAUUCAAUGUGAUACUUGGAGGCUUGUGCAGAGAAGGUAGAUUUGACGAGGCUUUGGAUAUGAUUGAGAAACUUCCACACCAAGGUGUCUAUUUGAACAAAGGUAGUUACAGGAUUGUACUAAACUCCUUAACUCAAAAUUGUGAGUUGAGGAAGGCAAAUAAAUUAUUAGGGUUAAUGCUAAGUAGAGGGUUUGUACCCCAUUAUGCUACCUCGAAUGAAUUAUUGGUUCGUCUUUGUAAGGACGGGAUGGCUGACGAUGCUGCUACUGCUCUAUUUGACUUGGUGGAUAUGGGGUUCCAGCCACAACUUGAUUCUUGGGAACUUUUAAUUGAAUUAAUCUGCAGAGACAGAAAGUUAUUGUAUGUUUUUGAGCUAAUUGAUGAACUGGUAACACCAACAAAUUCUUGAUGACUGCACCGUCGAGUGAUGUUUUUGUCUACCUUUAUUACUCAAUAAAAGACGAACUGCAACAGAGAAACACACUUUGGAAAAUGCGUGUUUUUUUUCGGGUCGAAUAGCCUAGUGGCUGAGAUUUCAUCCUUUUAUAGGUGAAUAAGUGGUAUAAUUACCACUAGAACCAUUACAAUCUUAGGAUUUAUGACCCAUGUGUGAUGUUUCACCAUCAUAUAUGAGGAAGUGACCAGCCUGGUGACCUGUUGAAACUUGUAUUGAGCUUAAUGGUGGAGAUAUAAUUGUAAGAUCACAAUGUAUAUAAAUUUUCGAAGUGACUUGAAAAAGCACAUGAUUAUUGAAAGCUACCGCACAACCCUUAUGUAUUUUGAUGUGUAACCUAAAUAGACCUCAAGGUGAGUUGAGAGAGAGUACAAAGGCAUGAUGAAUGUGCUCACCUUCUGAGUGAUCAUACUACCAUGUUCCUCACCAAGUGCUUCGGAAUAGAUGGUCACAAGUGUGUGAAAAUAUGUCUUGUGAAUGUAUUUGUGUCACAUUGCAUUGCGUUAUAUCUUGUGAAGAGUAUGCAUGUCUUGGAAAGUUUCAUGGAAUAUACAAGUGUCAAAUGUAUGCGAGUAUCUUGUGUUUUUAUGCAUCAUGAUGUGCAUCUACAUUGUAAUUGAAUAAUUAAUAAGCAUUUUAUUCACAUGUCUUGGAUGUUAAAAUACUAUAAUGCUCAAUGUGUUAAUAUGCAUCAAAUGUUAUACUUUCUUUUUUUAUUAUUAAGGUUAUGCGAAUUCUUUUGAAUGUUUUGCUUACAUUUGGUUGUUUUUA